GAGAUUUCACUCCUCACUCAGUUGUUUGUGCGGUUUCGUGUGUAGUAAGAUGUUGGAGCAGCCGGAGCUGAGAUCAGGACGGCAUCGCUCUGUGUGAGAGAAAGCAACUCAACAAAGUGACUGUUUUAGAUGACCGAGAGUGCUCGGUGAAAGACUACCGGCUACCCCAGGUCAUGGUGGGAUUCUUCGCGGGAUGAGAGCCACCAGGGGCCGCGCGCACUGGGGACAUCCAGGGCGCCGGUAGUGCGCACCCACUGGGGGCAGCGGUGGGUGGCAAGCAGGCGGACGGACGGGCUCACGGUGGGGUCGGCCCCCCUCCGGAUGACAAAGCGGGUGACCCGACCGAUGAAUAACUCGGGAGGAGCUCUCGCCCGAGAUCCAAGAUGAUCGCGGCGUUUUUCCCCCUGAAGAAACUGAGGCGCAAUGGCAAAUAUCUCCUGUUCGGGGCGAUUCUGCUGGUCGGAGCUGUGGCCGUCUAUCAUGAGAUGGUCGCUGCAAAAGCAUGGAGCAGUGAAACCAGUAUGAAUCCCUACGCUGACAGCAGCAGCUGGAGGAGAGCCAUGUUUGACGAGAGGGUCAGGAGAGACCAGCAGCCACACUCCAUGGAGGAUUCAGCCGCUUGGAGAUCAAGCUACACUCCACAAACCUGGAAACCAGAGUAUAAGGGACAGGCCAAUCUGCACGUCUUUGAGGACUGGUGUGGCAGUUCUACAGCUGACCUCAGCAAGAACCUGCACUACCCGCUGUAUCCUCAUUCCAGGACUACAGUGUCAAAGCUGGCCGUCUCCCCUCAGUGGACAAACUAUGGGCUCAGGAUAUUCGGUUAUCUACAUCCAUACAGCGAUGGAGAGUUUGUGUUUGCUGUAAGCUCUGAUGACAACUCGGAAUUGUGGCUCAGCUCAGAUGAGUCUCCCCUUAACUUGCAGUUACUGGCAUGGGUUGGAAAGACUGGCACAGAAUGGACAGCCCCGGGCGAGUUUGACAAGUAUGCCAGUCAGACCUCCAAACCAGUUAGGCUGUCUGCUCAGAAGAGGUACUUUUUUGAGGUUAUCCACAAGCAGAACGACAAAGGAACUGACCAUGUGGAGGUGGCAUGGCGGCUCCAGGAUCGAGGCAGGUUCAGGGUUAUUGAAUCCAGUCACAUCUCCCUCUAUGUUAAUGAGUCUGCCUUGUUAAUGAGUGACGUAGCCCACAUACCACAGACGGCUGCGAGCCACCAGCACACACCCACAAGGCAGCAGAGUGCCGCAGCAGACAUGUUGAGGGAGGACCCACGAGACACUCUCUACCACGUGCCUUUGAUAAACAGCAAGUUCCUACAUGGUGUUCUGCCUGACUGCUCGUACAAACCCAGCUACAUUAUAAAAGACUUUCCGCUUGUCCGCUACCAAGGACUGCAGUUUGUCCACAUGUCCUACAUCUACCCCAACGACUACACUCGCCUCACACACAUGGAGACUGAGAACAGCUGCUUCUACCCUGAAAACCCUUACUACAUGAAGAUGUUCGGUGUCUCUAGAUAUAUGAGAUUAGACCGUCCUGAUACGUGGGAGACAGAAAACAUAGGCAGAGGUUUUGGUUUCCAGAGGAGGAAAUCAGUGCAAGAGGGGGACGAGUAUGACAAUGAAGCCUAUCGAAGAGAAAAGGCAGUCAGGCAAGACCGGGUGAAUAACGGCCUUUUUCCAGACUAUGGUGACGAUUAUGACGAUUAUAUUCAGAGACGCAGGCGCAAACUCUUCUCCUUAGUCAUGCAAGAAACUAACAACACGCGGAAGAACAUAUCGGAAACAAGACUGCACAUAGAUGAGUUGCAGAGGAGGCAGGGGAAAGACGGUGUCUUAAAGCGAAAGCCACAGAAACCAGCUGAGAGUCUGCAGUCAACACAAACCCCAAAAUAUCACCUGCAACAGAACAGGACGGAAGUAAGGCUUGAGGGCCAGGUUAUAAAAGCAGGACAGGUGAAACCAAUGAAAGCAAAAGGAAAGUCAAAAUCAAAAAAGAGAAAAAAGCUCAAAUCGGUACAGACCGCUGUGAGACCAGGACAGACAACCCCAGUGAUACCAGUGGACAGAGAGCAGUUUAAAGCACUGGAACAACCAGCGGUCGUGCCAGAGCAGCUCAAUUCUAAACAGCAUAACAUCCAGGUGUCCCGUAAAAUGAAUAAUACCCAAAUCAAGAGACUUAAGGACUCAAAGAUUCAACCCUUAGAGAGGGUCACUCCUCUGCUUGAAAAGCCCGCAGAGGCCCCGCAGCGAAGGGUUGGAAUCAGAGACAUGGAGCUCCAUCCAGGCGUCCUGGAGCGCCCUGCAAUAAAGCUUAAUCAGCGGGACACAGUUACCAGAAAACGCCUCAGGGAUAAAGACACAGAGAUGAAAAUGCCUCUGCAAGAUCUGGAAAAUAGCAUCCACAGAGUAAGGAUGAUCACCAAAGGCAAAAUACACAAAAGGCAGUGGGACAUGGGAGAGGAGAACCAAGCAGGGGAGGAAGAUGAAGUUCGCAACAGGGCUGUGAGGCAGAGAGACACCUGGGAGGGUGAGAGAGACAAUCUGUGGGGACCAGGGGACGACUUUGAAGGUGCGGAUGAUGAGGACCUUACCCCCCCACCAGUGUUUGACACUGAGGUCAACUGGAGCCAGACCUUCCAGGUGAGCCAGCUGGACAUUCAGGCAAUGCGAUCAGAUUCCAUCGACCUGCACUGCAACAUCUCAGGCAACCUGCUCCUCAGCUCCAGUGACACUCUGCCCACGGUCAGGGCUUUCAUGGACCAACUCAAUGAAAAGCACCACGGGCGGUUCACGUUGGUGCGCGUGGUUAACGUGGUGAAGCGCGUGGACGGGGUCAAGGGCAGCCGCUACCUUCUGGAGCUGGAGCUGAAAGAUGUUGACGGCCAGCUGCUGCGGCUGUCGCACUACAUCUACACUCUGAUUCGCUACAGCAGGCAGCGCAGCAUGGACUUCAAUUUCCAACACCAGAAACCUCAGCUGGUGAUGUGUAACCCGGUGGGCUUCCGCUGGAAUCCUGUCGCCACCGUCCACUUCAUAGUACCUGUGAAAAACCAGGCUCGAUGGGUGCAGCAGCUGAUCACAGAUAUGGAACAACUCUUCCGAGCAACCAGAGACGCCAACUUCAAUCUCAUCAUCGCUGACUACAACAGCACUGACAUGGAUGUGAGGAAGGCUCUAAAGAAGUCCUCGCUCCCCAGGUACCAGUAUGUGAAGCUGAGCGGAAACUUUGAGCGCUCUGCUGGUCUGCAGGCGGGCAUCAACCUCAUAAAUGAUGACCACAGCAUUGUGUUUCUUUGUGACCUCCACAUCCACUUCCCUCCCUCCAUCAUCGACACCAUCAGGAAGCACUGUGUAGAGGGAUACAUGGCUUUCGCUCCAAUAGUGCUGAGACUGGACUGCGGGGCUACGCCAUUGGAUGCCAGAGGUUACUGGGAGGUCAAUGGCUUUGGCCUGCUGGGGAUCUAUAAGUCAGAUCUGGACGCAGUGGGAGGAAUGAACACCAAGGAAUUCAAAGACCGCUGGGGAGGAGAAGACUGGGAGCUCCUGGACAGGAUCCUCCAGGCAGGACUGGAAGUGGAGAGGAUCUACUUACGAAACUUCUUCCACCACUAUCACUCCAAGCGUGGCAUGUGGAACCGGCAGGUGUUGCCCAGCCACAGAUGACCUUGUGGGCCUGCCUGCUGCACCAUGACCACAGUCGCCACGGUUACAACCACGGCAACCAGAGCACUUUAAGGCCGUAGCACGAUUCCUGCUACAUAACCGUAAUAGCUGCUGACCGACAGAGAGGUUGACACAGGAUUGGAUGCUGUCUCUGUUCACGUCAGCUCUGUGAAAAAAGCAACUCAGUGUCAGCCGUGAGGGUCGUUGCUAAGGAGGUACUACUGAUCUGCUCAGAGUUUAUUUCACUGGAUGUACUCAUGACUACUGAGAGGGUACUGGCGGAUGAGUGCCAUUGACUGUGUGAUAUUUGAAAUGAAGAUACAGCUGUGCACCAUGUCGCUGACUAACACUUUCACAAUCUGCACUACUGGCUGCAAGGAACUGACCUGAUCCAAAGAUAAAACAUAAAUACAGUGACUGUGCACACUCCGAGGAUCUAGACACACAAGUGUCCACUGAUAUCAUAACGAUCAGAAGUCUUGCACACGAGUCUUAACUGAAAACGCAAAUUGUUUAUCUGUUUGUGACAAAGAUAUAUAUGUGUUUGACUGCAGAUUGUGUCUAUGCUAAACACAGCCUUAUUUGUCAUGGUAAAUUAUAGAAAACUUUAUAUUUAUUUUAUCAAUAUUUGUAGGAUUUCAUUUGUCGGUUUUUUCAUUUGAGUCUGGUGUGUCUAGAAAGCGAUAACAUUUCAGAAAAGUGUACCUCAGUUUACCUGUCAAGUGGCCUCCAAGUUUUCUAUGUUUCCUUACAGUUUUUUUCUGAUUGAUUCGGCACUAUCUUUUAAACUAAGCCUAAUUUUGCAAAACUCCACACACUAACCUCAAAACCUUUCACGAAAGCUGCAAAACAUUAUACAGCUCUUGCAAAAGCAAACAAUUCCUGCAAAACUCCUCAAGCUCUCAUUUGAAUAACCACAUGAAGCAGCAACUAAACACUGAUAGUAAGAGCGAAAAACACUUGUGGCUUUUGCUUUUCCUGUGUGACAGGCAGAGCAGUCUUAUCAUGCAUGUAGUUAACACACAUACACACAGAUGUCCAAAUGUUUGAUGUGUAUUCUGAGCACUGUCAGUACUAAUGGGGAAGAGAUUACAUUUUUUUUCUCUGAAAAUGUUCUUUUUGUUUUAUCUAAUGAUUCAAGAUCACAUGGUAUGGAGCACAAACAUAACACACAAUAAUAAGAGGACGAUGGCGACAUGGCGAAAGUACAAAUGUUUUUUAAACAAAGGACAGACAUUCUUCAAAAAAGUACCUAGGUUAAAAAUAACUUUUAGCUUAACUGACUGAAAUAACAAAAUUAAUUUAAACAUCAGUGAGCAGUUUAAAUAAUACUUUGGCAAAUACCUUUCUCUAUAAUUCAUUAAGCUUACUUUGUGACAAUCAGAAGAAACAUGCUACUCAUCUCCCCCUGACAAUUGUCAUCGCAGAGGUUGUAGAUCAUCUGGUUUCUAUCCAGCCCUUUAUAUCUUUUAGUGACUUCAACAAUUGUGAUGUUGCCCACUCUUAAAUGUACAAAUGCCCUGCCUUUACGUUGGGUUUAAUGUAACAGAUGUUUAAAUUGUAAUGAUGAUAAUAAUGAUAAUACAUUUUGUUUAUCGGCGCCUUUCAGAGCAUUCAAGGACAAAUUACGAGACACAGUUAAAAAACAACAAGCAGCAGUGUAUCCAUAGAUCAUAAAAUUAAACAAUUCUGUAAUAUACAAUAAAAGUUAAUAAAAAUGACAAAAUCACAAUUAUAAAUAUUAGGUAAAUAUUAGGUAUAAAAUCAUCAUCAUAAAAUCACUAUCAGUGCAGGUCACCAUAUGUGUGUCACCAUUAAAUCAGACCGAAUAUGCCAGCUUGAAACUACAUACAUACUACAUAAAUAUCACAUGAUGUCAUACGUCUGAGCUCAGUCUGCCCUUUUGCAUAAACACUCCUUUAACACAGUUGUUCGCAACUGGUGAGUCGCGGUCCAAAAGUGGGUCAUGGAUCCAUUUUGAAUGGACCACAAGUGACUCGCAAAUGUGUCAAGUUUGUAAAAAACACACUUUAUAUUUAAGUACAGUGAAUUUCUGUCGUUUCCUGCUGUAGAUUGAGUGAAUAAUGGACAACUACUUGACAGAGACAGCAAACUAGCUCAACAGCAUGGCCAAACACAAGUAUGAUGCUAAAUAUAUUAAACUGUGUGGACCUUGAACUAAUGACUAAGGAGAAACCUGUACCCCAUGGAUGGACCAGCUGGGAACCACUGCUCUAACACACUCUAAAAGAACAGACAAAAUUAGGCUAAAUCUCCCCUGCUUCGAGGGUCUAACCAUAAGACUGUAAAGCUCAAGCUCUGAUUUGUAAGAGAAGUCAUUAUCUGAGGGCUGCAACUACUAUUUUCAUUAGAAACUACUCUGCCUGUUAUUUUCACAGUAAAUCGAUUAAUUGUUUAGUCAGUAAAACUGUGAAUAAUGCUCAUCACAUUCUCCCAGAACCCAAAGUGACGUCUUCAAUUUGCUGCUUUUGUCCAACCAACGGUCCAAAAACCCAAAGCCUCUUUAUUUACAAUCAUACAUGGCAAUGAAAAGCAGCAAAGUCUCACUUUUAAGAUGCUGGAAUCUGAAUUUUUUUGCUCAAAACAUUACAGAAACAAUUAACUGAUUAUCAAAAUAGUUGCAGAUUACUUUUCUUUUCAUCAACUAAUUGAUAAAUCAUCUAAUAGCUGACCCCCAAAGCAGAGAACAUGCAUUCAGUUUGGCCCACUUGGUGAACGCUUUGGCUACGAGUGCUAAUAGUUUCAGAGAUAGUGCUUCAAGAAUCACCGAUAGUGUGAGAUCAUUCAGAAAAAAACUGUAAAUAUGAAAUGUGCCUUCUUUUGUGACUGUUAUUCAGGUACUGGGACCACACAACGCUGUUUUUACAACUGGACAAGCCUUGAACUGGAAAAAAUAAUUAUCAGAUUUCCGUGGCUGUGUUGUUUAGUAUGUCGGAGAAGGAUUGUAAGUUAUAUUUGGACAGGUGUGUUUGUGUUGCCCGAUGCAUCACAGACAUUUCUGGCGCAUGAAUCAUAAAUGAAAUAUCAGAAAACUGAAACAAUGCAUUAAUGUGACAUUUUCUGGCCGUUCUCCUUACAGUGACGCUUACCAAAGAUGUCAGUUUAAAGCUGGCUGACUGUAUUCCUCUGAAGAAAAGUUUUUUUUUAGAAAGAGCAGGAUUUGUUUAAUGACAUGAUGUCAGGUUCUUGGAAAUGUUGUCUGUGUGAGUGUAGCAUUAAGGGACAUUUUUACUGUAGUUUUAGUGUAAUUUAUGUCUGUGCAGACAGCUUCUGUUAUUUCAUUGAUCUACCUGCUGAAUUUAAUUGUUGUUUUUCAAAAGAUGAAUUGUUUAGAUGACUCUCAAAAUCAAUGUUUUUGGGCUCAGUCUAUGAAGUUUCCGUUCUAACGUUGGGAUUAUUGUUUUCACUGUCAACAGAUAGGAAAUACAGUGGAUAAGAAAUGAUCUUGUUUAUUUAUCAGAUUGUUUUUAUUGUUAUUUAAGACAAAACUAAUGGCAGCAUUUUUUUCUGAUUGCUCACAUUCCAUUUUAACAAACUUGUGCCUUUCUUAUUCUUCUGAAUUUGAUACACGUUGAACUGCUUCACUUGUUUUUUUAGGACAGUGUGAAAUCACAACACUUUCUGGUCUGAUGCCAGCCUUUGCUGGUGGUUUUGGUUUGUAACGCUGUCAAGAAUCAAAGCACUGAAGCUUUUGAAAUGUGGUUUCUAGUUUGGUCAGGGUGUUUGAUGCUUUCCUCUUUUACUACUCCUUCAUCUCUUACUUUGAUGUCUUUAGAUAUACCUCAUGUGCUGGGACUUAACCUCUGCCUUACUGUACAGUUCUGUACGAGUCUCUUCUCUCAGGGACAUGUUUUCUUUAUCACCUUUUUACACUGCCUUGACAAAUCUGAGGAAUAAACCUCUCUUGCCUUUCUUUUCAUGA